AUGAAGAAAUGGAUGGAGGAGAAGGAAGAGAUGAAGAAGCAUAUAGAAAGGUUAGAGAAGAAAAUGGAGGAGAUGCAGGCAAGGAAGCAAGGAACGAAUGAGAAUGGAGGUGAAGCAAAUGAGGAGGUGAAGAGGCUAGAGGGGAAGAUGAGAGAAUGGAGUAAAAGAGGAAGGACUAGAAAUCAAGACGAUAGAGGAUGGAAAGGAAGGAGAAGUAAAGUUAGCGGUGGUAAAGAUAGGAGAUUUGGAGGAGAAGAAGAGAUUGAUGAGAGAAAGAAGAAAGCUAGGAGAAAAAGGAGUGAGAAUCGAAGACGAUUUAACGUGGAAGCAGAGAAGGAUGAAAUGGAAAAUGGAAGAAGCAGCAAGAAACGAAAGAGAAAAUGGCAAAAGAGUGUGGCUGAGAUAUGGACGGAUUCAGAUAGAGGGGAAGUGGUGGAGGUGGGAUGAGGAGGAAGAAGUAAUAAAGGACGGAGAAGGGAGGAUAUGGAAAGAGAAGGGGGGCGAAUAGAUGGGGUGAGGGGUGAGAAA